AUGGACACUAGCUACCUGUCGCAGCAGGUAACCACCAUUAUCGGCCAGCUUCACGGCCUCUUCGACGAGAUUGGUGUUCCCAACCAUGAGCGCGAUGCCCGCGAAGAAGAGCUUUUCUCAGCGCUGUCUGCGACGCUGAACAACCAGCUGAAGCUGGUGAACGCGGAAAAAGAUGAGAAGGUUGAGGAGGCGCACCGCCUGAUUAAAACCAUCAAGCAGCUGGAGGGUUCGUUGGAAGGGAGAUGCGCUCGCGACAGCUACAAUCCUGAGGACGAGAGCCUUCAAAUCACAUAUCCUCUGAGUCACUGCAUCCAAGCGCUGAAGGAAAAGCAAAGAGCUGUCGGCAGACAGCACCAACUUGCGCAAGCCCUCGAAUCAUACGCCUCGCAUCUUGAGCCCUCCUUCGUCCAAGUCAAACUCCCUCCGACAUCGCCGAAUGCAAAGAUCCCCCCAACCUUCGACGUCUCACCGUCGUAUAUAGAUUUGCUCGAUGAGGAAUUUUCGCGCGUUUACGAAGAGUACACCCGCCGAGUAGCGUGGGUACAGUCAACAGCAGACGAAAUCAUCAUGCUGUGGGCGGAGCUAGGGACUCCUCAGGCACAGACCGAUCCUGCAAUCCUGGAGUUUGCGAGAGAGGCGCCUGAACAAUUAGGUUUGCAUCAGGAUGACCUGGACCGCUUGGGUGCUAGGAAGGACAGGCUCGUCGAAGAAAAGGCGCAAAGGGAAAGGCGUCUGAGGGAUCUUCGCAACAACAUUGAAAACCUCUGGGAUCGUUUGGGGGUUGAGGAAGCCGAUCGCAAAGCAUUCCUGGCCGGCAAUCGUGGUUGCGGCAUGAGGACCAUCAACGAGUACGAAGACGAGCUUGCCAGACUCAACGAGCUGAAGCGCCAGAAUCUGCACCUGUUUGUAGAGGAUGCCCGUGACAAAUUACAGCAGCUCUGGGACAGUCUGUACUUCUCCGAAGAGGAAAUGCUGGAUUUCACGCCCGCCUUCUCAGACGUUUACAGCGAUGCUCUCCUAUCUGCCCACGAGGCUGAGAUUGAUCGACUGGAGGCUCUGAAAGAGCAACGCGCCCCUAUACUUGCCUUGCUGGACAAGCACAAGUCUCUCUUACAUGAUCGAGACGAGCUCGCCGCAUCCGCACAGGAUGCAUCUCGUCUGAUGGGACGCGGUCAGAAGGGCGAGCGGCGGGAUCCUGGAAAGCUCCUGAGAGAGGAGAAAAUGAGGAAGCGAAUCGCAAAAGAGCUUCCCAAGAUCGAAGCUGAGCUUAGGAAAGUUCUUGAGGCAUACGAGGAUGAAUACGGAAGGCCAUUCAUGGUCCAAGGCGAAAGAUACCUCGACGAGCUUGACGCUUCUGCCUCUGCAAGAACUCUGCCGCCUCGCUCGAAGACUCCAUCCGCAGGCCCGGCUACACAAAGACCUACUCUGCACAAACAAAGCAAGUCGACAUCAUCGUUGGCCAGUGAAGGUACGAUAUCCCGCUCGAACAGCGUUCGUGGCGGAUCGCAGGCUCCUCCUUCUCGGACCAAAACACCGGUCUCGACCAACUUUAACCAAAGUACUGCCAGCUUCAGGAGCAAUGCCGAUUACAGUAUUGGCAGCAUUUCCAGAGGACAUAACCCGCUGUCCGCAUCAGUGUCGUCCAACGGUAGUGUCAGGGGUGGGAGUCCUACCAAGAUUCCAGGCCGCGCUCCGCUACGGAACUUGCGGAAUAGCAACGACUCCACCGGCGACCGUCGCUAUCAGCCCGGAAGGGACGAUUUAACCAUCCGUGGGAACUCUACAAUACGCGGCAACAUGGCACCACCGCGUGCCCCGCCGCCCAAGAUGAAGGACCUCUUCACUCCUCCCCCGGACACCAACAGCUACGAUCGCGAGACUUCCUCUGAUCGUGGCAGCAUUGUCCGCUCCGUUGCCCCGGAGGACCCCUAUGAUGACCGCUCGUUCAUGUCUUUCGUCCGACCUGAAUCUGGUCGCGGUAAUUAUCCACCAAUGGCACCCCCCUCUGCUCGGUCGGAAAGCCGCCAAACGUCCAACACCUCGUCCACUGUGCACACUGCCCACUCGGGAUCCGAGAAUUGGGAGACAUACAGCGAUGUCUCCGAGCCUGAGCCUGAUGCCAGCGAGGCAUAUUACGCCAAGCUGCGUGCCAAUCACAUGAAGCGCUAUACCCCCGAGCUUAACAGCACGCACCGCAGAUCGAGACCAGCGGGAAGCAUUCGUGGGGUUGGUCCGACUCAAAUGAUGAUCGAGCGUGAGGACGACCGCAUGAUGAGUGCUGAAGGCAGCGAAGCUGGCUGGACGGACGACAAUGAGACCUACUGA